AUGGCUUUCCUCAUCCUUGUUCUAGGCGAUAUCCAUAUCCCCGAUCGAGCUCUCGACUUUCCCGCCAAGUUCAAGAAGCUUCUCGCGCCCGGCAAGAUUGGCCAGACGCUCUGCCUCGGCAACCUCACCGACAAGAGCACGUACGAGUACCUGCGCUCCAUCGCGCCCGACCUCAAGAUCGUCCGCGGGCGGUACGACGUCGCCGAACCCGGCGCGACGGCGCUGCCGCUCACGCAGGUCGUCGCCCACGGGGGUAUCCGCGUCGGCCUCGUCGAGGGCUUCACGCUCGUCGGCUCCGCCGAGCCCGACCUGCUGCUCGCCGAGGCCAACCGCCUCGACGUCGACGUCCUCUGCUACGGCGGCACCCACAAGUUCGACGCCUUCGAGUACAUGGACAAGUUCUUCGUCAACCCUGGCAGCGCCACCGGCGCGUUCCUCAACGGCUGGGGCGACGACGGCGAGGGCUCGACCCCGAGCUUCUGCCUGAUGGACGUCCAAGGAAUCUCGCUCACAUUGUACGUCUACCAGCUCAGAAAAGACGAGCAAGGAAACGAGACGGUUGCGGUGGAAAAGGUCACAUACACAAAACCCGUCUCACAAACAGGGAAUGCGUCAUAG